GUGAUGUGAACAUAACCCAUAAGUGGGAACAGACUAUUUCAGAUGUUACCAUUACAGUGUACUUGAAUGAAGUGCUGACUAAUGACUUGGUUGUUAACAUCACAAGUACAGAUGUAAACAUUAGGUUGUCAGGUGGUAAGUGUUUUGUGAUCACAUUUCACAAAGCCGUUGAGGAAGACAAAAGUCAGGUGCAUCUGAAGAAAGAAGGAUCUUCUACUGUUCUCGGUAUUCAUGUUGUAAAGCAGCACCAAGAACUCUGGGAUCGACUAGAGGAAGUGAGCAGCCACAGUAAACGUAUGUCAUUUCAUCAUGGUAUGGAAGGAAACAGCCAUGAUGGUGAUACUAGUAUAGACAACAGAAGUAUGCUAGCAGAGGAACCUGCAGCAGAUGAUACAGACAAAGCUGUCUGUGUUUGUGAGGAGCAAAGUAUGGACUGUGAGCCAGAAAUCAUGGAGAAAGAAGAAGAACCUGUGUACAUGCUGGAUCAUCUGAAGAAUGACUUCUUUGAAAGAGGACUAGUGUUGACAUUACAAGUGUACAUCAAACAAGUCGACAAGGACAGUGUAUGUAUACAAUUCAGCAAGCAGGGAUUUGUCCUCAAGUUUCACACAGAGGAUGUAAAAUUUCUGCAGCUUCAUGAUAGCACAACAAAGGACACAACAUUUGUAUGGCCUGUUACAACAAGGAAGGAACUUGUACCAGAAGAGUGUAAGUUCAAAGUUAAAACCAAUGUCAUUGAGAUCUUGCUGCAGAAAACAUCUCAGGAAAGAUGGACAUCCUUAGAAGCACCAACAAGGAAAGAAAUCCUGGAUAACGCCAAGUCGGAUACCUGGAUGCCAAUCAGUAAAUCAAACCAGUCAUCAGUGGGAUCAGGAGGAGCAAAUACAUUUGUGGAUGAGUCAGUGGCAGCAACAAAAGAUCAAGCCAACUUGAAAAUGUCAUCAGAUGUCAUGUUUGAUGACUUGUCAGACAUUGAUGUCAAUAAUCAGGGCUGCAGUUCAAAGGUUCAGUCCACAUCCAGCAGCCAUCUUCAGACAGAAGACAAUGAGGGAGCAUCUGGCUCUCCGUUUGAGGGCAGUGUUAAAAAACCAACAGCCAAAGUUCGCCCCCUGAACAGCCAGACUUCAGUGACAGAAAAUGUUGUGUCUCGGGGUUAUGUAGGCCUGGUCAAUUUGGGUAACACUUGUUUCAUGAACUGUGUGCUUCAAGUGUUGGCCAACACCAGAGAAUUCAGGGAUUACUUUCUUGAUGGACGGUUUCAACAAGAAAUUAAUGAAGACAACCUUUUGGGCAUGAGAGGUCAGUUAGCGACCACAUUUGGAGUGUUGCUGCAUUGGCUAUGGUCAUGCAAGAAACCAUACUGGGAACCCCGCAGACUGAAGGAACUGAUCUCUAAGAAAAAUGCACAGUUUUUUGGCUACGCCCAGCAUGACGCCCAUGAGUUUCUGGCAUUCUUAUUAGAUGGUUUACAUGAGGAUUUGAACCGCAUUAGAAAGAAACCUUACACUGAAACCAUUGACUCAGAUGGUAGACCAGAUGAGGUGGUUGCCGCUGAAGCCUGGGCUCAGUACAAGCAGAGAAAUGACUCAGUGGUGGUGGACCUGUUUCAAGGCCAGUACAAGUCAAAGUUGGUAUGCCCCAGGUGUGGAAAGGUCUCCAUCACAUUUGACCCAUUCCUGUACUUGUCUGUACCACUUCCCAAGAAGAAGAAAACUGUGACAGUGACCUUCAUGUGGAAAGAAUCCUAUAAGAGGCCAGUUAGGUAUCAUAUACAGAUUCCACAGGACAGCACAGUAGAAAAGCUGCUUGAGGAGUUAUCUGUGAGGACAAAUGUUCGGACAAGUGACAUAAGAGUAUUUGAGGCUUAUAGAGGUCGCAUAAAGAGAAUUUUCACUGCUGGGAGCAGACUAGAUUACGUUGAACAAAAAGACACGAUUAUUGCGUGUGAAAUCUUAUCUGAGGAAUUGGCAGGAGAAAAGGUUCUGGAGAUAUUUGUUAUGCAGAGAACACUAUACCCGAUUGACUACCCUGUCCGUUGUGCUUUCUGUCACAAACCGUGUUGUGAUGGUAUCAUGUUAAAGAGAUGUACAAACUGCUAUAGAGUUGGGUACUGUGAUCGAACAUGUCAAAGAAAUCACUGGAGCUCGCAUAAGGGUCAGUGUAACCCAUUUGCAGAUCCAGUUGGGUGCCCAUUUAUGAUUUCAUUGCCAGCCUCAAGAGCUACUUAUAGGAAUUUGAUCAAGAACAUGGAAGCAUUGUCAAGGUUUUCCGUGGAUAUGUUUCAACCACCAGUGAAAUCAUCAGAUGUAGGAUGCAAAGUUGAAAAUAUUUACUUUUGUUACAGGUUUUCCGUGGAUGUGUUACAACCACCAGUAAAAUCAUCAAAUGUAGGAUGCAAAGUUGAAAAUGUUUACUUUUGUUACAGGUUUUCAGUGGAUGUGUUUCAACCACCAGUGAAAUCAUCAGAAGGAGGGUCCAAGAGCUCAGCAUCGUUCACCAGCAGCACUUUAAACAACUCUCUGAGUCAAUCCUGCUCCAGUCUGAACAGCUUGGAUAGCUUGUCUUCUACUAGUAGCACUUGUACUCUCACUGGCAACCAGUCAGACCAUCUUGAAGUGGGAGAAGAUCCUGAGGAAGGUGCUUGUGCGGAUCAGGUUCAAUUUCCUGCAGAUUUGGAGACAGUUUCAUCAUGCGGAAGCUCAGGUGUGCUGUCUGCUGCCACAUCAGGGUCCCAGGUUUCUGUUAAUUUAGACUGCCAGAUGUCAGGAGGUGAAUGUGCCGGGGCUUCAUGGCCUGAUGGCAGUGAUAGUGGCUUUGAAUCCGUGGAAAUCAUGAAGUCCCAUGAGAAAAUGGUGCCAACAUCUCCAGUGAUAGGUGUGCAGGCUGCCGAAGCAGACAGGGAAAAAGCCACACCCACUUUUUUCAUUAAACCAGUGACAAUGGAAGGGGUGGGAAUAAAAGUAGCAGACAGACUUGAUGACAGAGGUGAUCAGCCCCUAGCACUGACAAAUAGACAGAUAUUAUCAAUGGAUUGGCGUAAUAAUGAAAAGCAGCCAUUUUAUGUCUUGGUGCAGUCAAAAGAGUUGGAAGCGGAUGAAGCAAAUGAUCUAAACAAUAUGACUGCCUCUUGCAGCAACAGGCCGACAUUACAUCAUUGUCUGGAGCUGUUUACGGAGCCAGAGAUUCUCAGUCCCGAGGAAGCUUGGUACUGUCCAUCCUGCAAGAAACAUGUAGAGGCCAGCAAGCAGAUGACAAUUUGGCGUCUUCCCUACAUUUUGAUCAUACAGUUGAAGAGAUUCUCUUUCCAGAACUUUCUUUUGAGAGCCAAAGUGAAAAAGCAUAUUGAUUUUCCAAUAAGAGGUUUAGAUAUGAGUGGGUACUGCGUCGGUCUGAGACCAGAUGAACCUAAACCUGUGUACGAUCUGUAUGGUGUCGUCAACCAUCAUGGUCUCCUCAUUGGAGGACAUUAUACUUCUUACGUCAAGUGUUUUGGAGACAGCACCACAGGAUCUGAUGAAAUUGGCUGGAGGCUAUGUGAUGACAGUCGGGUCACCCCAGUUGCCAAUGAGAAAUCUGUGGUCACUUCAGACGCAUACUUGUUGUUUUAUCGUCGCCGUGACCAGCAGGUGGUCAUUGGAUCUUCUUGUCACAUUCAAGACAUGGAAGUCAACGGACCCUCUUUGUUUUCGGAGCCUGAAGUCAUAUGCCCCAGUUCUUUAGACGAAAGGAAUGGCAACAUCCCAAUAUCUCAGCGCACCAUUAUAUCAGAGUCGACAAAGUCAUUGAAGGGUCUCCACCAGGCGGAGGUUUUAGACAAUGAGAUUAUGAGUACGGACACUGUCUCCUGGGAAGACCAGGAGAAUGUGGGUGAACCACAUGUGAGCCAGCCCUGCUUGAGAAACAUCAGCAUUGGCAGGAUGGACAGCGAGAAUAUGAAUAGGCAGAACAUUAUUCGAGAAAAACACUUUCCAGACAAAAGUCCAAUACCAUUUAUUUCUCAGUUGCAGGAUGAGGCUCAGUGUUUGUUGGGCAACAGUGAGCAACAGUUAGAAGAAGAAAUAACAGAGAAAGGGGACCCAGAGAAAGAAUUCCUAGAUUAUGACAUACAGAAGGACACAGGCUUUAGUUAUGAUGAUGAUGAUGAUUUUGAUGAUGAUGAUGAUGAUGGAGAGGGUAGAAAUCUCAUGAUUGAUAUGAAUGAUCUCAGUUAUACUGAUAUGGAAGCAGUGGACUGA